AUGCCUUCUGCCGAAAACGUUGCUUCUAAUGCAGCUCCUGCUGCUACUGAGGAAAAACCAAAGCCUUGCUGUGCUUGCCCAGAAACCAAACAGGCUCGUGACCAGUGUAUGCUGAAUUCUGAGAAUGGCCCCAUUGACUGUGCCAAACUUAUUGAAGCUCAUCGACAAUGCAUGGCUCAGUACGGUUACAAGGUAUAA